AUGAUGUUCCUGACAUCAUUCUUCAUACAGGUUUCCGUAUUCACUUCUCUUUGCGGGACUACCGUGCGUUCGGCCGGCGCGGUUUCUCUCGCGCUUCGCCCAUCUGAAACUUCGAAUCGUAACGACAUUGUGAACCGUAUACAUAGCACUGGCCAGGAGGACGGGAGCGAACAGCUCGCCAUCGCGGGCACGGUGCGGGACCUGGGCGAGGAGUAUGGCAGCCAGAGCGGCCGUGGCCGCGGCGACGGGACCGCGCGGCUGUACGCCACGAGCGUUGUCUGGCUCGCCAUGCUCGUCGUGCUGCUCUGCUUCUGCCCCACGACCUGCUACCUCGCGGAGAGCAGCUGCGGGCCAGCGCCCAGCCCAGGGCGCGCGAUGUGGCGCCGCCCCAGCCUUCCUCGCGCUUCUCCUCGCGUUUAUCCUCGCGCUUCUCUUCGCGCCUCCCCUCGUCAUCUUCGUCCUCCUCCAACGACCGCUUCACGAGGAGAAGCGGCGGGCGGCCGCCCAGGACCCCGCCUGGCUCUGCCCGCAGCUGGUCGUGCCCGCCCGCUCCGCCCUGCACUGCGCGCUGCAGGCCGCGCCCUCGGCGCGCCGCGGGCACGGCGGGGCGCUGCUGCACACGGUGCGCAGCUGCGUGGACGGCACGCCGCUCUUCCGCGCGCGGGUGGAGGGCGGCAGCCCGGCGGCCGCGCCCGGGGCGGUCAUCUGCCUGGAGACCCUGCGGGGCGACCAGGCGUUCGGGUCCCUGGCCACCAAGGAGAGGGGCUGGAGCCGGAGAUGGAGAUCACGAGGGCCUGCGGAGCGAAGUUCGGGUCCAUGCGGAAGGACGCGAGGGGAGGCUACGUCGUCACCAACACGGCGGGCGCGCCCGAGCUGAGCUUCGACAGCCUGGAGCAUAUGCUCCCCGCGCAGGAGGGCUCUGGCGACCACGACCUCCACGUGCAUGACCUCCUCGCGCACGACCUCCACGUCCACGAUGCCAGCGGCGCAGCGAUGGCCGCGGUGAAGCCUGGCAGCGAAGGCAACUACGAGGUGAGGGUCAACUCGAACGGAGACGUGGGGCUAGUCAUCCUGGGCGUGCUCGCGAUCCAAAGGCAGCAGCAGAUCGCUUCUGCUCUUGCCGAACGGGCACGCUGA